AUAUGGUAAUACUAAUAUUCUCUGAAGCCACUGGAUAUGCAGCCCGUCAUGCCAUCUAAAGCUUCGAGAUUCUAAGUGAGAAGGCGUCCUUGGAAACGUAAACACCAUUUUCGACAAGUGUCCUUCCACCUGUAUCCAGAAGCUCGCAUGCAUCGGCUCACUGCUUUACACGUAUUGCCACUUGCUUUACAUGACCUUAACUUCUCUAUUUAGUCUCCACUGCCAACGCUCUCUCGGCCUCAUCAAAAGCUUAAGCUGAAAGAGAGGAAAAUUUGUUUCGAUCAACAACUUAAGCUCGGUUUUCGAGUGUUUUGUCUGAAGGAGUUUUCUUCGGUUUCUUUCUUUUUGAGAGGGAAGAGAAAAGGAUGGCUACUGUAGGAAGGAACAUAGCUGCUCCCUUGCUGUUUCUGAACCUGGUCAUGUAUUUCAUUGUGAUGGGCUUUGCUAGCUGGUGUAUCAAUAGGUAUAUCAAUGCCCAGACUGCUCAUCCCAGUAUGGGGGGAAAUGGAGCAACUGGUUUCUUCUUGACCUUUUCAAUGUUGGCUGCUGUAGUAGGCAUAGUAUCAAAGUUUGCAGGAGGGCACCAUAUCAGGUCUUGGAGAACUGAUACUCUGGCUGAAGCAGGAUCAUCUUCACUUAUAGCAUGGGCCUUGACUGCAGUAGCCUUUGGGUUUGCUUGCAAGCAUAUAAACAUAGGAAGCCGGAGAGGAUGGAGGCUGAGAAUACUCGAAGCAUUCAUAAUAAUCCUUACAUUCACCCAACUUCUUUACGUCAUGUUGCUCCAUGCUGGUGUAAUCAGCAGCAGGUAUGGACCAGGAUACCGAGACGCUGACUAUGGCAUCCGUGGACCUGCGGACGAGCCAGGGCCAAAGGCUGGCAAUGCAGUGGCAGGGACUAGGGUUUGAAGGAGCAUACUUGUUGCUAGAUAAAUGUAACGUCUAUUUUCAAUUCCGUUUUGUUGAUUUGGAGUUAUCAGUUCAAUUCGGACUUACCCUUUUACAUGUACUUGUGUAAGUGGAGUUGAACAUGGAUUUGCAGCAUCUGGUUUGUAAUAUUUUCAUGACUCUGGGUUUUUUCUGAUGGUACAUUUUGUGUGGUUUGGUUGCUAAAUGGUUGGUUG